GUUUCUGCUCUGCUCUUCUUCUUCGUGCAGCCCGACCAGCCCCCCCAAAGCCACCGAUUCCCUCUUCUUGUGAGAACCGAUGAAAGGCUUGAAAUUUCCCUUUCCUUCUUGCUCAAAAACCAAGUUUCAGGCCUAGAACACUCUCCUAGACCCAGAAAUUUUCCAGAUCUGCGCUGUCUUCUUCCCCUCUGUCCGCCGGCCUCUGCUGUGUGGGGUUGGGUUCGGUUUUCUGCAUCGUGAGUCUCCCCUGCAGAUUUGCCGCUGCCCUCUUUCCCCCGCCAGAUCCAGUUCUGCAGCUGGAAAAUUUUGGGGGGAAGAAGCCGGCGGCAGUGCAAGGGAGAAACUCACGGAUCUACCCAAAAUUGGAGGAACAAGAGCAAUUAAAGUUAACCCAAGCCAAUUCAAGGAAAAGCAAAGGGAUUUAAUGGCUGUUUCUUACCCAAAACCCAAGCAAUUCGCCCCCACAACAAGAGCAGUCGGCGGACAGAGCAAAGCAGAGCAGAUCCGGUUUCUGCAGAGAGGGAGGGAAAUUUCUAGGUUCUUUAUGGGUUCUAGAACAAGAAAGGAAGUGGAAAAUACCAAGCUUCCUUACCAAUUUUCCAAGGCAUGGUUGGGUUCCCCUUUUUUUUUCUUUGGGUGGCUGCAGCGGGAAGACAAGAAGAAGAAGAGCAGAAUCGGGAAGGCUGGGAAGAAAAGAAAGAAAGAAAAAGAAAAAGAAAAGAAGUCAUCCUUAUCCAAAACUCUUCCACUUUUAAGUCCCUCAGCUUUCAGAAUGUUGGCUAUUAAGCCCAAAACAAUAUUUUCUCACAAUUUAGUCCUUAACUCACUUAUUUAUUCUCGAAAAUUUGGGAUAUUACAGGCAUGCUAUAAGUUUAAUUGACUACUAUUGAACUUUAUUCUGCAUAAUGGUUUAUCAUUGAACAUUCUGUUUAUGUUUAAACUGUUUAUCUGAAAUGCUCAAAUUUUACCCACAGGUUAUCCAUACAUUUACUUAUUGAGAUAUUUUAUCUCAUAGUUUUCCUUGUCCACCAUUUCAGGUAGUGAGACUUGACGCAUGGGGAGCCUGGGGGAGUGAUGAGUUAGACGGCUAAGCACUUUUGGACUUAGAUUUUUGUAGCUAGGCCGUUGGUCACCCAUGCUUGACUCAGAAAUUUUUGUGUACAGAACUUAGUUUUAGUCAUGAUGGUAUAUAUGAAAUUAUAAAUUUUGUACAUCUGACUGGUAAAUAUUUGGUAAAUAAAAAUGUUUAGAUCUG